CUCUUUCUCUCUGUUUCGUUCUUUCUUUUUUUUUCCUUUUAUUUAAUUUUUAAUUUUUUUUAGUAUUUGUUUUUCUCAUCGUUCCCGGUUUUCGCUGGUAAUCGGAUCCGAAGAGGACGAGAAGAAGUUCGCGGUUUUCCGAUCAGAAAAAACCGGUUUCCGACCGGCGGGCUGGUGAACCGGGUUCGGUCCGAGAAAUUGGCGGAUUUUCUCGCGAGAUGGGGGGGAGUUGCCAGAGCUCCAAUGGCGGAAGCUCGAGAGAAGCUUAGAAACCCUAAUCGGGUUGCUUCCUGAGACGCCGAUCCGGCGGGAAAAGCUUGUUUGAAGUGGGAUUUCUACUGAUUUGCGUGGGUUUAUCUAUGAAUGGAGACAGAAGAGGGAUUGCGUGCUGCGGAGGCGGCGGCGGAGGAGGUGAGGAGCGAGAAAGCUAGUCAAGGUGCGGUUGGGGCUCCGGUGGUUUCGCCAUCGCCGGUGGUGGUGCCGGAGAAGAAGAAGAAGAGAGGGAGGCCCAGGAAGUAUGGGCCUGAUGGGAGUUUGUUAUUGCCGCUGAAUCCGACGCCGAUUUCGACAUCGGCGCCAGCCGGCGGGGAUUUUGGGAAGCGGGGUAGAGGGCGGCCAUUGGACUAUGCUAAGAAGUCCCAGCAUGGGUUUGAACUGGAACCUUUAGGUGAAAUGGUGACAUGUUCUGCUGGUGCAAACUUUACACCUCAUGUUAUCUCUGUAGCAGCCGGUGAGGAUGUUAAUAUGAAGAUAAUAUCAUUUUCUCAACAAGGGCCUCGAGCCAUCUGUAUUUUGUCAGCUAACGGUGUCAUAUCUAAUGUCACACUUCGUCAACCUGAUUCUUCUGGUGGUACAUUGACUUAUGAGGGUCGCUUUGAGUUGCUUUCUUUAUCUGGAUCAUUUAUGCCAACUGAUGACGGGGUGACGAGGAGCCGACAUGGUGGGAUUAGUGUAUCUUUGGCCAGUCCAGAUGGGCGUGUUGUCGGGGGAAGUCUGGCUGGACUAUUGGUGGCUGCUGGACCUGUGCAGGUUGUUGUCGGCAGCUUUAUUCCCGGCUACCAAAUGGAGCAAAAGUCAAAGAAGCCAAGACAUGAGCCUGCAUCAGUAACUCCAUUGACAACUGCAAGGCCGAUUUCAAUCAUGGAAACAGAGGAGGCGCAUGGUGCCAAGCAAGAAGAGCAGCGGAGCUCAGUGACUGCCAAGCCAACAGUCGGAGCUUCCUCAUCAUUUCGGGCCGAAAACUGGACACCCUCACUAAAUUCAAUGCCAGAUAAUCGGAACUCUUCAACAGAUAUCAACAUUUCUUUGCCAAGUAGUUGAAUUUGCCUGAAGGCGCCUCAUUUUUCAGGGUUCAUUACUGACCAGAAUCUUGCGACCAAGUAAUAUAAACCCAGAUUCUGUCGCAAUAUCUAACUUAUGAAGCUUGUUUAUCUGCAUGUAUUCUGUUCUCCAUGUCAGGAUGAGCUUGUACGGAUGAUUUGUGUUAUUUGGUUUUUGAUCUCCAUUGUUGUAACAUCUGGUUUUUAAUCAUUUGUGCUGAAAUGUGUGCUGUGGAAUAUUGUUUGAAACCCAAGUUACCAUUAAUGUGUUCUCAUAAAAUGAA